GGAGGAUUUCUCACCAUGUUCUCUCUUCUGAGACACUUUCACCUUGCAUCGGAGUGACCCGGAUUACCUGCUUCUCCUGCUAGCAUGGUGGGUCUGCAGUGAUCCUCGAGGAAGAUGUCGUGGGUGCUCAGAUGGUUGACGAUCAGCAUCGGCGUCCUCCUGAUUCCAGCUCUCUGCUGGUCCCAAGCCUCAGAUGACUGGCAGUAUGAGGAAUGCAAGCUCUCCAGAUCGGGUCCACCAGCCACCAUCGUAGCCAUCGAUGAGGGGAGUCCGAACGGGACGGUGUUGGUGGAGAACAUGCACAUCAACGGUCAGGCUGAAGAUCCUGACCGGACCAUCUCAUUAUCUCUUAAAGACAACUACGAGCACUGGGUCAUCCUGGAUCCGGCCAAACAGCGUCUGUACCUGAACAGCACCGGGAGAGAUCUGGACCGAGACCCUCCGUCCUACCUUCAUUCCAUCGUGGUGCAGGUCCAGUGCACCAACGAACUGGUCGGUACGGUGAUUCUUCACGAGGUUCGGAUCGUGGUGAGGGAUCGUAACGAUAACGCCCCUCGCUUCCAGCAGCCGCGCUACUACGUGGCUGUUAAUGAGCUGACUCCUGUGGGCACCACCAUCUUCUCUGGAUUCAUGGGGAACAACGGUGCCGUCGACAUCGACGACGGGCCGAACGGACAAAUCGAGUACACCAUCCGCUACAAUCCUCACGAUCCGGCGGCGAACAGAACCUUCGACAUCCCGCUGACGCUGUCCGGCUCCGUGGUGCUGAGAGAGAGACUGAACUACGAAGAGAUCACGCGCUAUCUGGUCACCAUCCAGGCAAACGAUCGAGCUCCUGAUCCUAAAUACCGACUGACCGCCACCACCACGCUAACCAUAGAUGUUCUGGAUGGAGAUGAUUUGGGCCCCGUGUUCCUGCCCUGCAGUCUGGUGGAGAACACGCGUGAUUGCAAGCCGCUGACAUACAGGGCCACAGUCCUGGAGCUGGCCGACCCAAGCAGUGCAAACCCAGUGAACGUCACCCCUCCCAUUCAAGCCGUGGAUCAGGAUCGGAACAUCCAGCCCCCCUCGGAUCGCCCUGGGAUCCUCUACUCCGUCCUCAUCGGCAAUCCGGCAUCCUACUCCGAGUACUUCACCCUGAACGGCAGCACGGCCGAGCUCCGACUCCUGCAGCCCAUCAGCCGCGAGCAGCACCAGGGAUUCGACCUUAUAAUCAAGGCCGAGCAGGACAACGGUCACCCGCUCCCGGCCUUCGCCAGCCUUCACGUGGAGGUGCUGGACGAGAACGAUCAGGCUCCGUACUUCCAGGCGACGUCCUUUCACGGCUUCGUUCUGGAAUCUGCUCCGGUCGGCACCACCAUCUCCGGCAGCGCCAACCUGUCGUCCCCCCUCACCAUCGUCGCUCUGGAUAACGACGUCGAGGAGACCAGAGACCCCAUGGUGCGAAUCACUCUGGACGGCUACCACGGCGUCUUUGCUGUCACGCCCAGCGGGAUUGUUCGCUACCUGACACUCCUGAAGCCUCUGGACCGCGAACAGCAGCAGAGUUACAGCUUCACGAUGCUCGCCUCUGACGGGGUUCACCUGAGCUCCCCGGUCACCGUUAAUAUCACAGUGAUGGAUGCCAACGACAACACGCCCACCUUCCCUGACGUCUCCUACAGCGUCCGGGUUUACACAGACGCGUCGCCCGGGGAGGUCGUGUUCCGGCUGACGGCGGUGGACGCUGACGAGGGCAGUAACGGUUUGAUAAACUACAUCAUUGUGGCGGGAGGUCAGGGUCACUUCAGCAUCGAUAAUCGUACAGGAGCGAUCAGCGUGACACCCGGCGUCGGUCUUACCGUGGGAAGAUCCUACGCCCUUACGGUCAAGGCUGAAGAUGCCGCCCCCACCGCCAUUAGAAGGAGCUCCAUCACCACCGUGUACAUCGAGGUGUUGCCCCCGAAUAACCAGAGCCCCCCGCGCUUCCCCCAGCUCCUCUACAGCCUGGAGAUCAGCGAGGCCGUGAGAAGUGGAGCCACCAUCCUCAACCUGCAGGCAACAGACCGGGAAGGAGAUCCCAUUACCUACAGCAUCGUCAGCGGAGAUCCUGAUAACAUCUUCGAGAUCGACCAAACAUCUGGUCUGUUGCUGCUGGUGAAGACGCUGGACAGGGAGACCCAGGAUCUCCACACGCUGGCAAUAUCAGCCUCUGAUGGCAAGUCAGAUGAGACCUCCAGCGUCACAGUUAACAUCCAGGUGACGGACGUGAACGAUAACGACCCCGUGUUUGAUCCCCCUCUGCUCCAGAAUCUGACGGUUCCAGAGGAGCAGGCGAACGCUUUUGUGGGUCGGGUGAAGGCAGUGGAUCUGGACCUGGGGCCGAACGGGCGUGUCCAGUAUCGGCUCCUGAGCCACGCCGAGCUCUUCCGGAUCGGUGCGGACGGGGGCAUCUGGACAUCGGUUCCUCUGGACCGAGAGCUGAGGGAGCAUUAUGAGCUGGUGGUGGAGGCGUGGGACGCUGCCCCGGACCCCCGGAGAACCUCGGCUAGCGUCUCUAUCACCGUACUGGACAUAAACGACAACAGUCCUGUGUUCUCUCGGCCGUCCUACGAUGUCAUUUUGCCCGAGAACAGCCCUGCUGGCAUGAUCAUCGUUAACCUGACGGCCUUCGACGCCGACCUGAACUCCAACAUCAGCUACCGCAUCAGGACACACGAGAGCGGGGGAAUGUUCCGGAUCGACCCCGUUACAGGAGAGCUGAGGGUGCUGCAGACGCUGGAUUUUGAGAAGCUUUCACCUGAUGAUGUCACACACACCCUGGUGGUGGAGGCGGUGGAUUGUGAUGGCAUCAUGCCACCCGGAUUAGCUACUGUUUCAGUCACCAUAACGGACGUGAACGACUUCUCGCCCGUGUUCACCCGGACUGUGUAUCGAGGCAUGGUGGCGCCCAACGCGCUCAAAGGAACCGUUAUCACCAGCGUGCAGGCCGAGGACUGGGACACGCCGGGCACCGCGGCCAGUCGAGUGCAUUAUAAAGUGGAUCUGGACCAGUUUACCUACAGCGCCAGCAUCUUCGACGUGGAGGAAGACACGGGCGACAUCCUCACCAGGGUCAACCUCAACGAGGAGCCCAACACCAAAUUCACUCUGGCGGUUAUCGCUUACGAUGAUGGUGAGCCGGUGAAGUCCAAUAAGACGAUGGUGGAAAUUACCGUCCUGCAGCCCUCGGCCAUUCCUGUCUUCACUCAGGAAGAGUACAGGUUUUCACCAGUCAGUGAGAACGCUCCUGCUGGCAGAGUGGUAGGGAUCAUUCUGGCUGCUUCUAUAAACCAGAGCAUCGUGUACUCCAUCAUUGAGGGGAAUGAAGGUGGCGAAUUCGACCUGAACAACCAGACGGGCGUAAUCAGUACAGCUAAGCCGCUGGACUAUGAAAGCACCAACGUUUACGUGCUACGUGUGGAGGCUGAUUCCAUGAGAGUGAUCUCCUCUAACCUGCGAGCUCCUGCCAAAAGUAACACAGCCAAGGUGAUCAUAGAGGUCCAGGAUGAAAACGACCAUCCUCCUGUUUUCACAAGAUCGCUCUACCUGGCUGGAGUCACAGAAGAGGCCAAGACCUUCACGUCAGUCCUCCAGGUUCAGGCGUUCGAUGAGGACACGGGGAAUCACAGCGUCAUGCAGUACAGACUCAUCCUGCCGCCGACAACGGAGGGGAAGGACAGCUUCAUGAUCGAGCCCUACACCGGCAUCAUCAAGACCGCCAUCAUGUAUCGCAACAUGCGUCGGUCCUACUUCAGAUUUGAGGUUGUCGCUACAGACGAUUACGGACAGGGUCUGAGCGGCAGCGCAGAGGUGGUGGUGUCGGUGGUGAAUCAGCUGGACAUGCAGGUCGUGGUGUCCAACGUUCCUGCUACUGUAGUGGAGCAGAACAAGGAGCAGCUUAUCAGGAUUCUGGAGCAUUACGUUCAGGACCAAAUUCCUGGUGCCAAAGUGGUGGUGGAGUCCAUCGGGCCGAGGCGGUACGGUGACAGCUACGAGCAGGACGACUACACCAGCUCCGACCUCAUGGUUUACGCCAUCGACCCGCUGACCAACAGAGCUCUGUCCAGAAAGGAGUUGUUCAAGUUCCUGGAUGGGAAGCUCCUGGACAUCAAUAAGGAAUUUCAGCCCUACCUGGGGCGCGGCGGGCGCAUCCUGGAGAUCCGCACCCCUGACAUUGUGCAGAACGUUAAGAAGGCCAUGCAGUCCGUAGGAUACACGGAGGGAGCCCUGCUGGCCCUGGCCGUCAUUAUCGUGGUCUGCUGCGUCCCCGCCAUCCUCAUCGUCAUCCUCACCUACCGACAAUUUAAAGAACGACAGGCCGAGUGCGCCAAAACCGCCAGGAUUCAGAUGGCUCUCCCGGCUGGCAAACCUGGCGGCAUCUCCACCAACAAUCUGUACGAAGAGCUGGGCGACGCCACCAUGCCUAACGCCACAGGGUGCACCCAGGAGGACGCCGGGCGCCACCAGCUCAUCAGUUCGUUCGCACCACGUAAACAUUCCCUGGCCAACGGCGUCCUGCUCAACAACCUCCCGCGCUCCGAGAGCAACGUGACCUUUCUGACCGACGAGAACCCCCUGACCACCACCAACCCGCUCUACCGCGACGAUGGGCACGCCGGGAGCCCUGAUGGGUGCCUCAUGGACCUGCUGGGUCAGCGCUCACCCGGCAUCAAGAGCUUGAAGGACUUGGAGCUGCGGUUUCCCGCCGAGACGUCGGGGCAUUCGAGGACGCUGCCGUCCAGGCUGCACCCACUUCGCCGUCAGGCGGUGACCGACCCAGUACAGUGGAAGCUGGAGCUACUUAAGGUGGAGCUGAAAGACUGUUCUGAUAAGGGAUCUGAACCCAAACUGACCGUGAGGGAACAGGCUCGGCAGUUUGAGCAGCAGGUCCAGCAAGACGCUCCUCCACGUCAAGGUUCACUGUCUUCAGAAUACCUGCUGUCCUCUUCCACGCCGCCAUGUGGCGUUGGCGUACGAAAGCGGAACGAUGACGACGCUCCUCCAGCCAUCUUUAUAACCCAAAGUGACACCACGCCCCCACCGAGCCGCAGACCGACCCCACCGGGCCUUCAGAAGUACCUCAGCGUGCCCUCCCACGUCGAAGAGACCUACGAGGUCAACGUCGAGAUCAUCCCCGAUCCUCCGAACAUUCCCGCACCACCACCACCCUCCUCCCCGACUUCCAGCCCUCCACUUGGUUCCUCCACCCCGCCUCCGCCACCUCAGCCGUGCCCUCCACCGCCUCCUCCUCUGCCGCCGCCGUCCACCGUCCCGCCCCUCCGCCCGGUGGUGCCGCGCCCCCCUCCGCCGCCUCCCCCGGUCGAACCGGAGCCUCCCAAAAAAGAACUCAAGGGCAUCCUUAAGAACAUCCAGAACAUAGCGGACAUCGAGAAAUCCAUCGCCAACAUGUACAGCCAAAUAGACAAAAAGCAGCGGCCGCCACAGAGGCCGCGGGCGUCCGAACGGUCCAGAGGGGGCGAGCCGGAGGAUUCGGGUCGAGAGGCGCAGAAGCAAAACGCCACGGUGGAAGAGCUGGACGCGUGUUCUUCAUCACAGUCCACGAUCCUCUAACUCUGCUUUCUGUUUCUCAUCUUCAUGUGAAUUUUAUUUACAUUCGCAUCUAUUUGUUCUG